AUGGCAGAGGGAACCGAGGGUAUGCUUUCCUUUUCGCACUGCCACCGUCUGACUGUAGCUCGUCUUGGUACAGACGUUCCCACACCCACGACUCCUGGCACAAGUUCCAGCGUCCCAAAGGACACCACCGGGGCGUCAACGCAGCUCACGCAACCCUCUUCGCCCGAACCAGAUACCAAGGCCCAGUCCUCAAGCAUGCCCGACGAUGCACACAAGCCCUCGGACCCAACCGACUCCAUAACCAAGUCCUUGGACAUGAGCGCAAGCACCAACACUAGCCCCAACGACAACGACCUCGAAGACGCCAUCCUCCAGCGGCUCCUGGACAACAGCAAGCCCGACGGCGCGGGCCUCGAGGCCGACGAGCUGAUUCCGGCCAUGUUCAACGACCUGUUCGGCAAGGACUACGAGGCGACCUUGGCGGCGUUGCAGCCUGACAAGCACAAGACCGAGGACAGCGGCGAGGGUUUCUAG